UGCUCGUGGCCCCGAAGGAGGACGGGCUCCCGGGAGGAGGAGGAGGAGGAGGAGGAGGAGGCACCGCCGCCGCCGCCACCUGCGCCGCAAGGGAGGCCGGGAGGAGCGGCAGGCUGGUGCCGUCUAGGGCGCGGGAGAGGCGCGCGCCAUGGGCUCGCUGGCGCUCCUCUUCCGAGGGACCUUCGCGCACUCCAGCCGCUCCUCGCCCCUCGACAUUCUGGCGGGCCACCUGCUGGGCGUCGACGAGAGCGGCAAGAUUGCAUUUUUGGAACCAGCUGAAGAGCAGGAGAAACUGGCAAAGAAGUGGGGAUUCAAAGCAUCUGACAUCCGAGAGCUCAGUAAUAAUGAAUUCUUCAUGCCAGGUUUGGUUGAUGCACACAUCCAUGCUCCACAGUAUUCUUUUGCAGGAACACGAAUCGAUCUGCCUCUUUUGCAGUGGUUGAAGGAAUAUACCUACCCAACAGAAGCCAAAUUCAAAGACAAUGAUUUUGUGGAAGAGGUGUACACUAGAGUGGUGAGGCGAACGCUUAAGAAUGGCACAACUACAGCCUGCUACUUUGGAACAAUUCACACAGAUGCUUCUUUGCUUCUCGCUGAUAUUAUAGAUAAAUUUGGCCAGAGGGCAUUUGUGGGUAAAGUUUGCAUGGACAUCAAUGAGAGUUUUGAAGAGUACAAGGAGACCACCACUGAAUCAAUCAAGGAGACGGAAAGGUUUGUUAGAGGAGUACUGGACAAGAAAUAUCCAAGGGUUCACCCCAUAGUAACGCCCCGCUUUGGACCAUCCUGUACAGAGGAACUACUUAAUAGCCUUGGUAAGCUGGCAAAGAUUCAUGACCUUCAUGUGCAGAGUCACAUAAGUGAGAGUGAAGGAGAAAUGAAACUCGUAGAAAAAUUAUUCCCUACUUAUCAAAACUAUACAGAGUUAUAUGAUAAAAACAAUCUUCUUACAAACAAGACAAUAAUGGCUCAUGGCUGCCAUCUUUCUGAUGAAGAACUGCAAGUUUUUAAUCUUAAAGGAGCUGCCAUUGUACAUUGCCCUAAUUCAAACAUAUCGUUGUGCAGUGGCCUUUUAAACGCAAGGAAGGUUCUGCAGCAUCGCGUGAAGCUGGGCCUGGGCACAGAUGUUGCUGGUGGCUACUCAGCCUCUAUGCUUGAUGCUAUCAGAAAGGCAAUUAUGGUAUCUAACAUCAUUCAUAUUAACAAAGAGGAUGAAACGUGCUUAACUCUCAAGGAAGUUUUCCAACUAGCAACUCUUGGAGGGAGUCAAGCCCUUGGGCUAGAUACUGUGAUUGGGAACUUUGAAGUUGGCAAAGAAUUUGAUGCACUGCUUAUCAACACCAAAGCCUCAGACAGUCCUUUUGAGCUGUUCACUUGUGAUGCUUUUGAGGAUAUGAUCCAGAAAUUCCUAUAUCUGGGUGAUGACAGGAAUAUUGAAGAAGUUUAUGUGGCUGGCAAAUUGGUGGUGCCAUUUUCAAGCUCUGUCUAAAGUUAGAUCCGCUUGCUGCAAAAUGCUCUGCUGGUAACUCUAUAGCUUGGAAUAAUUGGGUGAAAAUGGGGUGCCUUUUUGUGAAGCCAUGCUCACUCUCUUUAGUAUGUUUCUGAUUUGCACAAAAGAAACCAAUUACACAUCAGAUACAAAAAAAGUAUUGUGCCAAUAAUGUAUGUGUGAGAGAGGCCACAAAGAUCUAAAGUAAAAACAAACUUGUCUGUGGAAAAAACUCUGACUUAAACAAGAAUCUACAGAUACAGUCAUAGUACACAUACCUCAAGUACUUACUGAGGUACUGAGGUAAAUUUAUGAUUUUAAAUGUUUAUCCCAUAAAAUUUUAGGCAUCAUAUUAUAAACUAUUAUGAGGAUUUCAAUGAGAGCCAUACCAUACUUUGGUAUGGGGGUGGGGGGUGUUGAUGAUUCCCCCCACCCCCCAAAAUCUGCAUCCUUCAUGGACAUCAAUCCUACUUCAACAUUCAGGUGACACCUUUUAGGGGAACAGCGCACUGCACAUUGAAGGGGACUGGAAAUGCUCUGGUGUGCAAACAGAACACUGGACUUUUUGGAUCCUGGUCAUUGUUCAUAAAUAUGUUUCAAGCAAAGCAAAGCAUAAUUCUUAACAAAGCCUAAACCCAUUCAUUUCAUCUCUGAUGACAUUAAAUAAUACUCAGGAAUUAUUUGGGGAAUGGGGUAGAAAAUUGAGCACAGAUACACUUUUAUCUCAGUUUGCUCAACCAUCCUUUCAAGCCACUUUUUUGCAUUUUUAAAAUGUCUUUUUCAUCCAUCCCCUGAAAAGCACUUUUACUGAAGGCUCUAAACCCAGCAUAAAGAUCAUGUUCUGCU